GGCAAAAUCGCACCGCUCUAUCACGCCUCCUUUUCUUCAUGCGACUCCUCUGUGCAGCUUAUCGGUUCCGCUGCGGCAAUUAGCCCCGGUCCGUUUCCACAGCGUCUGAAGUUAAUCAGGGCUCCCGCCGCGGCUCGUCUCUGUUUGACCCGCAGUUCUGUUUGGAUAUCACCUCUGUGCCAGACUGGAACACAGUGUCCUUGAUAUAAAGGGGAAGAAUGACAGCCAAGCACCGAAAGGGGAAAAGCAACCUCAAACAAGAGGAUAACUUUUUUAAAAGUGAGCUCCUGGAAACAGAAGUUCGCCCUGGUGGGAAGAACCACACUCCUCUGCUGGUUUUAGCUGCGGUCGUGGUGUUCGGCUGGGUCGCCGGUGCAUGGUUCUUUUUCCAGCAGCACCUAACUUUAACUGACCUAACGGACAACGUCAUGGGCAUUCAGGUGAAAAUAGCCAAACUGCAGUCUUCUCACGAGGAGCUGAGGCUGUCAAAUACAAAGCAACAUGUUUCAGAGAACGUGAACACACGACUGGCUUCAUUGGAGGAGUCUUAUGCACUGACUCAGAAACAGGUGGGCAUGGCCUUGGCUACGGCUGAGCAGCUGAAGACGUCCGACCUCCCUGCUCAGGUGCUGUCCUUGCACACUGAGAUGAAAACCCGUCUGGCAGAAGUGCAGCAAGCCACCGUGUCUCUGGAGCAACUGAGCCACCUGCAGAGCAUGCUGACGGGGAAGAGCGUGGAGAUUGAGGACAUCAGGAUGCAGAUAGCGGGUUUGGCUGCUUUGACCAGUGAACUGUCCCACAAGGUUGAGGACUUGUCUUUGAACUUUGCUGAAGCUGAAUCAAAGAUGGAAGAAAAGAUUGCCCAGAUUACCACAAUGACUGCUACAUUGGAUGGAGAGACCAGUGAAGUCUUGAAACUGAAAAAUCAACUGUAUACUCACCAGGCACAGCUGGUGGAAAUGGCUAAUCUCAGAGCGUUCCUUGAAAGUAAAGAGUCCCAGCUGUCUCUGACGGCCAGUGAAGAGGAGCAGCCUCCUGCUGAGUAUCUUGAAAGGAAAGAGGCAGAUGACGCUGAAGAAAAAGCAGUGGCAGAGGAUGAAGAGGUUACUGAUGAAGAAGAAUUGGUUGCAGCUGAUGAUGACGAAGACGUGGCUGAAGCUGCUGUGGAGAAAAUGUCAGCUGCAGAAACUGAGGAAGAAGACAUUAUGGCAGCUGAAGAGGAUCGGGUAGCUGAAGCAAAUGAGGAUCAAGUAGCUGGCACAACUGAAGAAGAAAAAGAGUCUUCAGAACUUGAUGAGAAGCAAAUAGAUGAGGAAACAAAACUUGAUGAGGAAGAAGAGGAGGCUGCAGAACAUGAUGAGGAAGAAGAGGAGGCUGCAGAACAUGAUGAGGAAGAAGAAGAUGCUGCAGAACGUGACAAAGAAGAGCAGGCUGCAGAACAUGGUGAGGAAGAAGAGGAUGCUGCAGAACGUGACAAAGAAGAGGAGGCUGCAGAACGUGACAAAGAAGAGGAGGCUGCAGAACAUGGUGAGGAAGAAGAGGAAGCUGCCGAACCUGAAGAUCAAGAGGCUACCAAAAUCGAGGAGCAAUUGAAAGAUGUUGUCAAAUCUGAGGAGCAAGUAGAAGAGGCUGCUGAACCUGAAACUGAAGACCAGGUACCUGCUGAGAAAGAUGAAGCUCCCACAACUGAAGAAACAGAAGAGGUACCUGCAGCACCUGGAGAGGAAGACACAGAAAAAACUCCAGAAGACUCACUUCCAGCUGCUGAAGAUGCACAUGAAGAAUAUGCAGCAGCAGAUGAACAACAUUCAUCUCCUGUGGAGCAGAAAGACAGAGAGAUGGAAGUAACCACUACUGAAGAGGAGGGAAAUGACACAGAGCGCGAAGAGUUGAUUGCUGGGUCAGAAAGUAAGACAGAUAGUGAAGAAAAAGUUCAGGAGGAAUCGACAGUCCUAGAGGAGAAACAAGAGGGAGAGACAGAGGAGAUUAAAAAUGGCAAAGUAAAAGAGAUGACUGAAAAACACCAAGAACUACCAGCUGAGGAGGAGCCACAGGAGGUAGAAGAAGACGAGUUUUCGGAAGAAUUUGCUUUUCUAGAAAAAUGAAGCAAGGCGUGGCUGAUAAUUCCUUUUUUUUUGUUGGUAUGCUGAAGAAAUCCACCAAGAAGAAUGGAAACUUUUUCAGACUGUCUACAUCAGGACAAAAUGCUGUUUUUUUUUUGUUUUGUUUUGUUUGAUGACAGAUGACAUUUGGAAGGCCGACCAAAUCAGACUGCAGUGGGCUGGAGUUUAAGUGAAACUAAAAACAUCAGAAAGAUGAAAUUUAGUUUUUUUUUUCUUGUUUUUUUUUUUUUAUCUUUACCUCUAUAACAAUGUCAAAAGCCUUAAUUCAUAACAGAGUCACCUUUUCAAAGAAAAUGAUCCACUCUUCAUAAGUCCCACUUUUCCCAUCGUGCCUCUGCACAAACUGAAAGAUUUAACCAAGUAACAUAAGAAGCCACUGCAUCGGCUUUUUCAGUGCAAUAAAACUUUGUGGCUUUCUCUCUGUAAUUCAACUGACAAAGUGGGAGUCAUCUAUUAUAUGAAUUCAUUAUACAC